AUGGACAAACGACAAAUUCGGACCAUCUUCCUUUUUCAAUUCAAACUAGGCAGGAAUGCAGAGGACACGGCUCGAGACAUCAACAUAGCGUUUGGUCCUGGAACAACAAAUGAACGUACCGCACAGCGAUGGUUCAGGAAAUUCCGUAACGGCGACGAGAGUCUCGAAGGAGGUAAUCCAUCGGAUGUUGAUAACGAUGAAUUGAAAGCAAUGGUCGAAGCGAAUCCUCGCAUGAUCCUGAACGUUAUCUCUACUGAACUGAAUGUAUCGAUUGGAGCGGUUUCCAGCCAUAUGCGCGAGAUUGGGAAGUCGAAGAAGCUCGAUAAGUGGGUGCCGCAUAAACUGAGUGGCGAGCAAAAGAACCGCCGUUUCGAGAUCCCGUUCGCUCUCCUUCUCCGCAACAAAAACGACCCUUGUUUUGGCUUGAUGUUUUGUUAA